AUGGCCAACACGCUGCGGCUGUACCUCACCUGCAUCCGCAACACUCUGGAGGCGGCCAUGUGCCUGCAGAAUUUCCCUUGCCAAGAGGUCGAGAGGCACAACAAGCCGGAGGUGGAGCUCAAGACUAGCCCUGAACUUCUGCUGAAUCCGGUGCUUAUAUGUCGUAAUGAAGCCGAGAAGUGUUUGGUAGAGACUUCAAUCAAUUCGAUCCGUAUAAGCUUGAAGGUUAAGCAGGCAGAUGAACUAGAAAAUAUUCUUGCAAAGAAGUUUCUUAGGUUUUUGUCGAUGAGGGCAGAGGCAUUCCAAGUGUUGAGGAGAAAACCAGUUCAGGGUUAUGAUAUUAGCUUCCUCAUAACAAACUACCACUGUGAGGACAUGCACAAGCAUAAGCUCAUAGAUUUCAUUGUUCAGUUUAUGGAGGACAUUGACAAGGAGAUCAGCGAGCUCAAGCUGUCGGUGAACACACGUGGCCGGCUGGUGGCAACCGAGUUCCUAAAGCAGUUCAUCUGA